AUGUCAGGCUCCUUUGCAUUGAAGACCUUAACUGCACUUUCAGAUCUCCAUCCAAAUAUGGCAAACGUGAAAAUAAUCGGCAUAGUUAUUGGGAAAACAGAUGUCAAAGGUUUUCCAGACAGAAAAAAUAUCGGAGCAGAAAGGUACACUGUGAGUUUCACUGUGCGUGACUCACCAGCCCAUUUUGUCAACGUAGCUUCUUGGGGCAGUGAAGACUACAUCAGGUCGCUUUCUGACAGCUUCAGAGUGGGCGAGUGCUUGAUCAUUGAAAAUCCUCUGGUCCAAAGAAAGGAAAUGGAAAGAGAAGAAAAAUUCUGCCCCGCAACUCCUAGCAACUGUAAACUCUUGCUCAGUGAGAAUCAUUCCAUAGUGAAAGUCUGUUCCUGUUAUGAAGUGGAUGCCAAGUUACUGUCUUUGAUACACUUACCAGUGAAAGAGUCUCACGAUUAUUAUUCGUUGGGUGACAUUGUUGCAAAUGGACAAAAUCUGAACGGGAAGAUCAUUAAUGUGCUUGCAGCAGUGAGAUCCGUUGGAGAGCCAAAGUACUUUACAACUUCAGAUGGAAGAAAAGGCCAGAGGUGUGAAGUGAAGCUCUAUGAUGAAACGGAGCCUUCAUUUGCCAUGCUCUGCUGGGAUAACGAAUCUGUUCUACUUGCACAGAGCUGGAUGCCUCGAGAAACAGUGAUAUUUGCCUCCGAUGUAAGAAUAAGUUUUGACAAAUUUCGGAACUGCAUGACGGCAACUGUCAUAUCAAAAUCCAUCAUCACAGCUAACCCAGAUACACCGGAAGCUAACAUCCUAUUGAACUUUAUAAGAGAAAAUACUGAAACAAGUGCUCUGGAAAACGAAAUUGACACUUACUGGAAAGACUCCGUAAACUUAAGUGAAAUAGUUGAAGUCUAUACAGUGAAGCAAUUAAAGAUGAAAGCUUUGAAGAAAGAAGGGAAGGUAGAUCCUUUCUAUGGCAUUCUGUACACGUACAUUUCUACCCUGAGCCUGGAUGGCCAAGCAACAAGCGUUGUUCGCAAUAGAUGUUUGGGCUGUGGUUACAUUGUAAACGAAGCAUCCAACGCUUGUUCCACAUGCAACAAAGACUCCGCAGCAUUUCCUUCUAUCUUUCCCAGCUUUGACUUGCUGGUGGACCUCACUGACCACACGGGCACCCUCCACUCAUGCAGCCUCACCGGGAGAGUUGCUGAGGAGACACUGGGCUGCACGGUAAAUGAAUUUCUAGCAAUGACGGAGGAACAGAAAACAGCAUUAAAGUGGCAGUUUCUUUUGGAAAGAAGCAAAAUUUAUUUCAAACUUGUUUUGUCACACAGAGCAAGGGGUGGCUUCAGAGUUAGUGUGCUCUCCUGUAAGCUUGCAGACCCUACGGAGGCAAGUAAGAACUUGUCUGGACAAGGAAAUAUUUAA